UGUUGUACGCGAAGGAGAGGCCUACAACGCAGCAGGCACAGACCCCUGCACCGCCUGGGUCUGGCCGGGGUUCCGCCAGACGCCUGGGCUCCGGCCGACCCAUUAUCGAUCCCCAGAAGAGCUGCGCGCGCAGCCAUCAGGCUCCUUGCUCAGGGACCACGCAACGAAGAGUGCGGGUGGAGGGGAGAGUCUGCCUUUCUCGCGCUCGCACUCUGCUGCUCCGGAGCACUGUCGUCAAACGAGAAGAACCCGCGGAGAGGCGAAGCGCGGUGAGACGGCCCGGCGAGCAGAGCGACAACAGCUGGCGGCAACGGCAACGGCUGCAACAAUGUCUUCCUCCUCGGCGGUCGUCGAUCUGAACGUGGGCGGCACCACGUACAGCGCGUCGCGCGAGACACUGUCUCGCUGCCCCGUGCUCGGCGAGCUGCUCGACGGCGGCCCGCAUGACUCGCAGGGCCGCGUCUUCGUCGACAGGGACGGGGCCCUCUUCCGCUACAUACUGGACUUCCUACGGUCGGGCCGCCUGCUACUUCCCGAGGAGUUCCGCGAGUUGGCAAGGCUCAAGGCCGAGGCCGAGCACUUCCGCCUCGACGCCCUGGUCACCUGCCUGUCGGCCACGUCCGCCGUGCCGCCGCCGUUCCCGGGCCAGCCGGGCUACAUAACGCUGGGCUACCGCGGAACGUUCGCGUUCGGCCGCGACGGCCUCGCGGACGUCAAGUUCCGCAAGCUGACGCGCAUCCUCAUCUGCGGCAAGGUGACCAUGUGCCGCGAAGUGUUCGGCGACACGCUGAACGAGUCGCGCGACCCCGACCGCGGCCAGGACGACCGGUACACGUCGCGCUUCUUCCUCAAGCACAACUCUUUGGAACAGGCAUUCGACUGCCUCCAGGAGUCGCGGUUCCGCUGCGUGUGUGCCUGCGGCACCGGCACCUCGUGCGGCGCCGGAAACGAGCCGCUCAAGCCUGGCGUCGACUCCGAGGAGAACCGCUGGAACCACUACAACGAGUUUGUGUUUGUGCGCCCCUAAGGAACACCGAAGAGAGAGAGAGAGGGGUGUCCAGGAGCGAGGGGCCCUUUUGCUGCGCAGUUGGGUCACUGUGACGGUGGCAGCGGCGCCGGCCGAUUUCCCGACCAACGGAGCAUAUCAUUCGUCUUCUCCGGACAGCGCCUCCUGUUGCGCCUUCCACGGUCGCCAGCGUGUGGUGCAAUGACGGAUGAUCGUUGUUCUUUCAUCUUGUCUUUUAUUUUUUUGGUGCGGAUACUUCUUCGUGAAACACGAUGUUUUAUGGCCUUUGAUUCCGACGAAAGCGAUUGUUGAGGAAGAGAUUAGCUCAGUGGCGUAGCCAGGAUUCAACUUGAAGGGCUCUUUUCAGAUUGCUGACGAUUUGCGGGGAUAUUUUCCUCCUGCUCGAAUGCUGCUACCAGUCGUUACCGCAGGGAUUACUAAAAUUCUUGGGGAUAUUCUAGCACCUAAAUAUACUUCCUGGGUACGCCACUGAUAAGCGUAGUGAUUACUCUUCAAUAGCAAUCUGUUUCAUAGUAAUGUAGUUACCCGAAAUGCGACAAAAUGUGCAUUGUUACGAAACCAGCGGCUUUGUAGUAGAAUCAUUGAUAUCAUUUGUGAGUAGAAUAGUACAAGGGUGGUAGAAUGUCUGUACAGAGCUGUCGCCACUAAGUUUUCGUAACACGCGAUUUAAUCGAAAGUGCAGCGAUGCGAAGCGUCGUCAGAGCAUAGCUGUUGCCAAAUGUAUUAUAGUAUGGGCUUAGCCUGUUUCCACCUGACUUUCCAAUACAAGACGCACCAUGUUUAACAUUCUGGCAAAAUAUUUUUGUGAGCAUUGUGUUAAGGUACCACUAUAAAAAAUAAAAUUCACGAACACGA